UGAAAAACAUCGUAACCAUUGGCAUAACCAACCAACGAGAAACCACAAUAGUUUGGGAUAAAACCACAGGAAUCCCAUUGUACAACGCCAUAGUGUGGAAUGAUAUCAGGACAAAUUCAACUGUAGAUGUAAUAUUAGCGAAGAUCCCCGACAACAAUAAAAAUCACUUCAAGUCGGUUUGCGGGCUUCCAGUUUCCCCCUAUUUCAGUGCCUUCAAGCUGAAGUGGCUCAUUCAGCAUGUGCCGGCCGUCAGGAAAGCCAUUAGGGCGAAAACGUGUCUUUUUGGAACAGUCGAUACUUGGCUACUAUGGAACCUAACCGGAGGCCCGAAUGGGGGCAAACACUUAACGGACGUGACAAAUGCAUCCAGAACAUUCCUCAUGAACAUUGAGACUCUCUACUGGGACUCUCAGUUGCUCAGCACUUUUAAAAUACCCCAAGCUCUGCUGCCGGAAAUCAGAAGCAGCGCGGAGAUAUACGGAAAGAUCCGGGAUGGAUGGCCGCUGGAAAAAGUCCCCAUCUCCGGAAUUUUAGGUAAUCAACAGUCGGCCUUAUUGGGGCACAGCUGCUUUCGAGAGGGCAUGGCCAAGAGCACUUACCGAAGCGGCUGUUUCCUGCUGUACAACACCGGAACUAGCCGAGUCCAUUCUUCGCAUGGGUUAGUGACCACAGUGGCGUACAAAUUUGGAGACGAGCCCGCCAUUUACGCUUUGGAAGGAAGUGUCGCUGUGGCUGGGGCCGCAAUAAAAUGGCUGCGCGACAAUAUGGGGUUCAUAAAAAACAUCAACGAAGACACCGAAUCGCUGGCCAAAGAAGUGUUUACUACUGGCGAUGUGUAUUUCGUUCCGGCCUUCAAGGGCUUGUUCGCGCCCUAUUGGAGGCAGGAUGCCAGAGGGAUAAUUUGCGGAUUGACGGCGUUUUCAACCAAACAGCACAUCAUAAGGGCGGCCUUAGAAUCGGUCUGCUUCCAAACCAGAGACGUUCUCGAAGCGAUGAAUAAAGACUGCGGAAUUCCACUCUCCAAACUCAACGUCGAUGGCAUUAUGACCACGAAUAACUUGCUGAUGCAAUUACAG